AAUUAAUUCAUUAAUGGUACAGAAGGAUGCUUGAGGGACCAAAGGAGGCUGCAUUUGCCUACAUGUACCUCUUAAAUAAAACACAUAAAACAUAUCAAUACAAACCACAAAAUAAGACGAGGUCAAACUUAGGGUAGCGGAAGCCUACUAGUUGUUUUCUAUGGAUGUCAGAAAUGACAUAAUAAAAUUGGCAAUAAUGCUUUGACAUAGCCUAGCUGUAGUUUGUAAUAGUGGCCACAACCAAAACAUCAGAUACAAUCAACUCAACUCCAGCCAAUGUUAAUUCAAGUUCCACUCUGUCAAAACAGACCCUUUUUUAUAUCUCUGGCAUCUAGGAAAAUGACAGACAGUGAGAUUACUUUCCAUGUAUAUUGGAAAACAUUGUUAUAGUUCCCGGGAAAUGCCUGCCCAGGAAGGUAUAAAACACUGAGAGGUGAAGCAAGACACACAAAAUAAUUUGGAUAAACCAAGGCUAAACAUUGUUAAUGUUUAUUGUUAGUUUAAAGUCUGUUCUAUCCUCUUCUUGCACCUGUCAGAUUUUGCCUAUUGGCUGCUCUUGGUCGCGCUCACUUGUUCUAUCUGGCACUUAAACAUGUCCAGUCCAGGUGUGACACGCAACGCCCCGAUAACCGAGAAUUGUGCCACUUCUGCAAAGGCACUUCUUCUGAACAUCACCGAGGCGCUCACACAGGUGAGACACAAAGACACAUUUUCCAACACUCUACUUGAUUGUAGGCUACGUUAUCGUCUCCAUUUUAAAUUCAUAUCUGUGGCCUACUCAUUAAAUACAUACGACAAGUGUCUGAGGAACAUUGAGGAUGAUCCACGUUGUUAUAGUGACAUGCUGCAAGCUAUUGACCCUGAACUGCUUGGACUCACUGUGCUGCAGAACCUCAAAGAGAUUAAGGAGUAUGUUACUUUGCAGAUUACUCAAGGUUGUAGGCCUACUCAAGGUACUAUUAACCAAAAUCCCUUUGAUGAAAGGAUACAUCUGUGUAAAGUACUGAAGGGGUUCCGGGUUCGCACUAUCACCAUCAACAGAAUCAUUGGCUAUAUUCAUGCUGGAGACCCCAAUAUGAAAGGUGGCAUCCUCAUCAUCGAUCAGGCAUGUUGGAGAAUAUCCCUCAUCAUCGAUCAGGCAUGUUGGAGAAUAUUCCUCAUCAUCGAUCAGGCAUGUUGGAGAAUAUUCCUCAUCAUCGAUCAGGCAUGUUGGAGAAUAUUCCUCAUCAUCGAUCAGGCAUGUUGGAGAAUAUUCCUCAUCAUCGAUCAGGCAUGUUGGAGAAUAUUCCUCAUCAUCGAUCAGGCAUGUUGGAGAAUAUUCCUCAUCAUCGAUCAGGCAUGUUGGAGAAUAUUCCUCAUUAUCGAUCAGGCAUGUUGGAGAUUAUCCCUCAUCAUCGAUCAGGCAUGUUGGAGAAUAUUCCUCAUCAUCGAUCAGGCAUGUUGGAGAAUAUCCCUCAUCAUCGAUCAGGCAUGUUGGAGAAUAUUCCUCAUCAUCGAUCAGGCAUGUUGGAGAAUAUUCCUCAUUAUCGAUCAGGCAUGUUGGAGAAUAUCCCUCAUCAUCGAUCAGGCAUGUUGGAGAAUAUUCCUCAUCAUCGAUCAGGCAUGUUGGAGAAUAUUCCUCAUUAUCGAUCAGGCAUGUUGGAGAAUAUUCCUCAUCCCCAUCAUUGUCUUUUUGACCGUUCACUCAAGGGAUUUAUCAAUUUAACUUUUUUCAAUGUUUACACGGUUUUGGUUGAAACAUCUCCAAAAAUAAAAUACAUUUUGCAAUGAAUUCCAAUAGCUUACUGCCAGCUGUUAAUUUCUCUCUUAGUUUGCAUGGUAUUUUAGUAGAUGUGUUUGUGUGCACAUGUGUGUGUGUGUGUGCCUGUGUGAGAAUGUGGAAUAUUUUGACAUAAUGUAUACACUGAGUAUACAAAACAUUAAGAAGACAUGCUCUUUCCAUGAUAUGACUGAUCAGGUGAAUCAAGGUGAAAGCUAGGAUCCCUUAUUGAUCACUUUAAAUCCACUUCAAUCAGUGUAGAUGAAGGAGAGGAGACAACAGGUUAAAGAAGGAUUUUUGAGCCUUGAGACAUGGAUUGUGUGUGUGCCAUCCAGAGGGUGAAUGGGCAAGACAAACAAAUGUAAGUGUCUUUGAAUGGAUGGUAGUAGGUGAAAAUGGUUAACUUUGUUAAAGAAAGGCCCCUAAACUCUUGUGUAUUUUCUGCACUAUGCAAUGAUAUGGGGAGCGACCAUGUAAUGCUUUUACAACAUACAUAAGUGCGCUGGUUAUCAGGGGGUAAAGUAUUGAAAUGUUUUUUUUAAAUUGAGAGACGAGCUUAAAGUUUUCUUUACUGACUAUCAUGUUCACAUGUCUGAACGCUUGCAUGAUGACGAGUUUCUCACACGACUGGCCAUCUGGGUGAUUUAUUUUCUCACCUGAAUGAUCUGAAUUUAGGAUUACAGGGACUCUCCACAACUAUAUUCAAUGUGCGGGACAAAAUUGACGCUAUGAUUAAGAAGUUGGAGUUCUUCACUGUCUGCAUUAACAAGGACAACACACAGGUCUUUCCAUCAUUGUAUGAUUUUUUGGUGUGCUAAUGAACUCAAGCUUACGGACAAUGUCAAAUGUGAAAUAGCGAAGCACCUGAGUGUUCUGGGUGCGUAAUUACGCAGGUACUUUCCCGAAAUGGACGACACAAACAACUGGAUUCGUUAUCCUUUCAUGCCCUGCCUCCAGUCCACUUACUGAUAUCUGAACAAGAGAGCCUCAUCGAAAUUGCAACAAGCGGUUCUGUGAAAAUUGAAUUUAAAUCAGAAGCCACUGCCAGAUUUCUGGAUUGGGCUGCACUCAGGGUAUCCUGCCUUGGCAAAUUGUGCUGUUAAGAUACUGAUGCCCUUUGCAACCAAGCACCUAUGUGAGAGUGGAUUCUCAGCCCUCACUAGCAUAAACUCAAUACAGGCACAGACUGUGUGUGGAAAAUGAUUUACGACUGAGACUCUCUCCAAUACAACCCAACAUUGCAGAGUUAUGUGCAUCCUUUCAAGCACACCCUUCUCAUUAACCUGUGGUGAGUUAUUCACAAUUCUCGAUGAACAAAUAAGGUUUUAUAUGUAAGAUGGUUAAAUAAAGAGCAACAUUAUUGA